AUGGUGGCGGGAGAUGGGGACGUGAAUUUAGGCACCCUGGGGAGUGGCAGUGAGAGCAGCAGCGAUGGUAGCAGCGAGAGCCCGGGCAGCGCGGGAGCGGCAGCAGAAGGGGGCGGCCGGUCGGCAGCUGCGGUGGCGCUUCUGACGGGGGGUGGGGAGAUGCUGCUGAACGUGGCACUGGUGGCACUGGUGCUGCUGGGGGCCUACCGGCUGUGGGUGCACUGGGGGCGGUGGGGUCUGGGCGCCAGGGCCGGGGCGGGCGAGGAGAGCCCCGCCGCUUCUUUGUUUCGUAUGAAGAAGCGAGACUUCAGCUUGGAGCAGCUGCGCCAGUACGACGGGUCUCGCAACCCACGCAUCCUGCUUGCAGUCAAUGGGAAAGUCUUCGACGUGACCAAAGGCAGCAAGUUCUACGGCCCGGCGGGUCCAUAUGGAAUGUUUGCUGGUAGGGAUGCCUCCAGAGAACUGGCGACAUUUUGCCUAGACAAAGAUGCCCUCAAAGAUGAAUAUGACGACCUCUCAGAUUUGAAUGCCGUGCAGAUGGAUAGUGUUCGAGAACGGGAAAUGCAGUUUAAAGAAAAAUAUGAUUAUGUACGCAGACUCCUAAAACCAGGGGAAGAACCGUCAGAAUAUACAGAUGAAGAAGAUACCAAGGAUCACAAUAAACAGGAUUGAACUUUGUAAACAACCAAAGUCAGGGGCCUUCAGAACUGCAAUUCUUACUCCCUUUCACAGAAUGUCCAGCGUCUUUGGGUUUGGUUCACCUGCUGCAAAAAACAUUCAACAGACUGUUUGUACAAGCUAAAUGAGUCUUACUAUGAAGAUUCAAAUACUAGACAUUAUUUAUGCUGCCAGACUUAUUUGUUGCAGUUGUCUGUAAUGUCUGGUGGGGCUUCUUCAUCCUGAAAAGGAGGAGACAGGGAUUUGUUAAAGAGCAAGAAAGUCACAAGAUUAUUUUCUCCU